CGUCCGUCCGGGUUGCUGCCACGUCAAUGGUUUCGUCAUCAUUAUCAACAUAAAACAUGGCGACAUCUGUCCGAGAAAAGCAAACAGUCGCCUUAAAGCGAAUGUUGAACUUCAACACUCCUCCUCUGAAGAACGCAGCAGCUGAGCCAGUAUGGAAGGUGUUAAUAUACGACAGAUUUGGUCAAGAUAUCAUCUCUCCACUGCUGUCGGUCAAAGAGCUGCGAGACAUGGGCAUCACUCUUCAUCUACUUCUUCAYUCGGACAGAGAUCCUAUUCCCGACGUUCCUGCCAUCUACUUCYUAAUGCCCACAGAGGAGAACAUCGACAGGAUCUGUCAGGUGUUUGAUCAGUACCUGAACUUCAUCACCCUGGAAGAUGACAUGUUCAUCCUCUGCCACCAAAACAAAGAGCUCAUCUCUUACCAUGCCAUCAACAGAGCAGACAUCCAAGACACAGACAUGGAGGCCAUAAUGGACACCAUCGUAGACAGCCUCUUCUGUUUCUUUGUUACUCUGGGUGCAGUGCCAAUCAUCCGAUGCCCCAGGGGAAACGCUGCAGAGAUGGUGGCUGUGGUAAGUCUAUCUUCUAUCUGA